UUUUUUGAUUGACAUGGAUGUAAACUACAACUAGACAGGUGGGGGAGGAAUAUGAGUGCAAGAUAGGAAUUCUGUUGCAUCAAGUUGAGCUGGAGAAAUAAACUCUGUUUUGUAGAACAAGAAUCAACUUCCUUUUGCAAAUCAUUAAUCACAAUCUUUCUUUUCCUCAGGUCAUUACUAUUCAUGUGGACUUUUUGGAGUACACAGAACAGCAGCUCAUUAAAUAUAAUACGCAUUUUCAUUCUCCAGAGUCCCAGAUUGAUUUGUAUUAACUAGUACGAGAGGGAAACAUGGCGGUAACUUUGUUUGACUUAUUUGCCGUCUUUAUGGCUUACCAUCUGAUCCACUGCCAUACAGUUUGCAACAGAAAAGCUUCACUUGAAUGGCACCCUAAGCAACACACAGUCCAAAUAAAUCUGACUCUCUUAGGAGACCUCUGUAGGAGUUUUUCUGAAUGUUGGGAUUCUCAAGGGAGAGAUGAGUCAACUGGAAACCCUAUCAACUUCCCACAGAUAUGCCCACUGCAGCUGCAACAUGGAGACACACUGUUGAUGUCUGCCGAUGAAACACUGAAGUCUUACGGCAUCAUACUCCUCAAUGUUUCUGAAGAAAGCUUUGGGAGCUGCUCAACAAAUGGACAGAUAAAAGAUCAGUUUCUUUCCCCCCACAAUCUGAAUGGAAGUGAGCAAGUUGAGGCUAAGUUGCUCGUCCCAGGUCGUCAUCACUUUAUUGCUCAGCAUGAGGGAGACUCUCAGCUGUGCAAGCUUGGCUUACGGCUCAUUGUGUCUGUCAAAAGGCAACUUUGUCAGGGUUCUCCUCUGCUGCGACUUUGUUCGGGGAGCGGCGUUUGUCAAACAGGCCUGUGGGACGAUGCAUACCACUGUCAAUGCCACCACCACUACACUGGGAGGUUUUGUGAAAAGGCUGAUGGUUGUUUGGAUAACCCUUGUGGAAACCAAGGAGUCUGUUUGAGCAAUGGAUCCACGGAUCCCAACCUCAGAACAUACAAAUGUCUCUGUCCUCCACAUUUUACAGGUUUUAACUGCUCUGAAGUCGUUGGAAAAGAAAACUGUGACAGAAUUUGUGAAAAUGGGAUGUGUGUUCAAGGGUCGCCCGCCUCCUUCAAAUGCAUCUGUGACACAGGAUUGUCUGGCCCGCCCUGUGAGAAGAGGAAAGCCCCCUGUGAUCCAAAUCCAUGCAGAAAUGGUGGCGUAUGUAAAGAAAGCUCCAAAGGAUGUGUUUGUAUUUGUCCUGAAGGAUUCGGGGGCGUCUACUGCGACUCCCGAGUUGUCUUCGAUUGCAUGUCAUAUGCAUGUCGGGAGAAACCAAUUUGCACUCCAGGGGAGCAUGCCUCUGAAUGUGUCUGUGCAGAUGGUAAUGUGGUCCCAUCAUGCAGGAGGCAGCAGGACCUUUGCAGCCCAUCACCAUGUCUCAACAAUGCCACCUGCGUGUCCAGGGGAAAUGAUAAUAUAUGCAGAUGUCUGCGAGGGUUUUCCGGGAAGAAUUGUGAAGAAGUAAUGGACUACUGCAUGCUGCUCAAUAUCCACUGCCUGAAUGAGGGACUGUGCUUGAGUGUAAUUGGCGGAUAUCAGUGUGUUUGUGCCCCGGGAUGGAUGGGAGAGUUCUGUCAGUACGGAGGCGACGCCUGCCUGAUAAAACCAAACGGCUGUUUGAAUGGAGCCACGUGCAUUACAGCAAGUCAGCCGUCAUCUCCUCCAGUUUACGCCUGCAAGUGCCCCCUCGGCUUCACUGGAACACACUGUGAGACUGAGAUCAACGAGUGUGACUCCAGUCCCUGUCAGCACAACGGCACAUGCUCUGACUUGCUGGGAAACCAUGAAUGCCAAUGUCACGCAGGUUUUCUGGGAUAUAAUUGUGAAGUUGACAUUGAUUCUUGUGCUCUACCCAACAACACCUGUCCAUCAACGUCUGAGUGUUUUGACCUCCCAGAUGGUUUUGGAUACACCUGCCGUGUACUCUGCCCUCAAAACCUUCAACCAUGUGCCAACAAAGGACACUGUGUGUUGAAUGACGCCAAUAGCUACAGUUGCAUCUGUACACCGGGUUAGUCUGGUCAGAACUGCCGUAUCAAUGUCGAUGAUUGUGUUCAACAUUGGUGUCAAAAUGGAGCCACUUGUGUGGAUGAGAUUGGUGGUUACAGCUGCCGUUGUCCCAGAGGAUACACGGGCGUCUUCUGCGAAGAGGACAUUGAUUACUGUGUUGGCCAUCUCUGCUCUGAACAUGGUGUUUGCCUGGACCAGCAGUAUAACUUCACCUGCCGCUGCAUGCUUGGGUUUGAAGGGUCGCUCUGUGAACUGGAAACAAAUGAGUGCAACAGCUUCCCCUGUGCAAGCCGCGCCACCUGUGUGGACCUAGUCAGUGAUUAUCGGUGCCACUGUCCCCCAGGGUUUGAGGGAAGGACCUGCUCUGAGAAUGCAAACGAUUGCUGGUCGCAGCCUUGUCUAAAUGGAGGCUUGUGCACGGAUCUGAUAAAUGACUACAAUUGUGAUUGUCCUGUUGGGUUCAAGGGGAAAGAUUGCUCGGUGGAUAUUGACCUUUGCUCAUUUGGACUGUGCAGUGAACACACAUUAAUAUGCGCUGAGACCAAGGAUGGACAGAAUGUCUCUUGCACGUGUGAAAGAGGGUUUGAAGGGUCAUUUUGUGAAGUAAAUCUCAAUGAGUGUGAGUCACAGCCCUGCCAGAACAGAGGGAUUUGUGUGGACGGCAAUGACCUGUAUCAGUGCUUCUGCUCAGAAGGGUUUGGUGGGUUGAAUUGUGAAAUCAACAAUGAUGAAUGUGUCCAUGGAUACUGUGCCAAUAAUUCCACAUGUAUUGACCUGGUUGCAGACUAUGAGUGCAUCUGUCCUUCAGGCUUUGCCGGGAAGAAUUGCUCCACAUUUGUCUCGGCAUGUGCAUCAGAUGUUGAGUUCUGCAGAAAAGGAGGAACCUGCUCCUACAACUCAGCUGGGGAAAUGCAAUGUAUUUGCCCUCCAGGAUACCAUGGCAAUGAAUGCUCCUCAUCUGUGAACCAAUGCGUGUCAAAUCCUUGCAACCCUGAGGGGAGUCUCCUCUGUGAAGAGCUGGCAAAUACUUCUCGAUGUGCGUGUCGCUUUGGGUACUCUGGGCCGCACUGCGAAACACCAAUAAACCACUGUGUUGAUGGUCUGUGUCAACAUAGUUCGACAUGUGUGAAUCUAACUAGAGGGUUCAAAUGUGAUUGUUUACCAGGGUUAACAGGCCAGUUUUGUGAGAUAAACAUUGAUGACUGUGAAGAAAAGCCGUGUGGAGCUCUGAGUAUUUGUGAAGACUCUCUCGGUGGCUACAAUUGCUUCUGUGCGCCUGGAUUUAUUGGAAGUGACUGCAAGGUUGAAGUGAAUGAAUGUCUCAGCCAGCCUUGUCAAAAUGGAGGCUCCUGCAUUGAUGAGCUCGAUUCGUUUAGCUGCCGGUGUCCUCUUGGAAUCAGAGGAAACCACUGUGAAGUCGACAUAGACGAGUGUAUAUCAUCACCUUGCAUGCACAACGCCACGUGUGUUGACCUUGUUCACGGCUACGGAUGUGUCUGUAUGCCUGGAUUUACAGGUACAGAGUGUGAAGUUGACAUUGAUGAGUGUGCUCCAUCUCCCUGCAAGAAUGGAGCCACUUGCAUUGACCAGCCCGGUAAUUACUUCUGCCGAUGUGUGGCUCCGUUUAAAGGUCAUAAUUGUGAGUUCUUACCCUGUGAGGCCAGUAAUCCAUGUGAGAAUGGCGCAGUGUGUGUUGAGGAGUUGGAUCAAGACUAUUUCCCUUUGGGUUUCCGCUGUCACUGUCGCCGAGGCUUCACUGGUCCCCGCUGUGAAAUCAAUGUGGAUGAGUGCAGCUCCAACCCCUGUUUCCACGGCUUCUGCUAUGAUGUUGUAGACGGCUUUUACUGCCUUUGCAAUCCUGGUUUUGCUGGGCUGAGAUGUGAGCAAGACAUUGACGACUGCAUGAACAGUUUGUGCAGCACCAACUCGAGAUGUAAGGACCUCCACAUGAGUUAUGACUGUGUGUGUCACUCCGGCUGGGAGGGAGAGUUCUGCCAACAUGAAAUAGAUGAAUGUUUAUCGCAGCCCUGCAAAAACAACGCCACCUGCACAGCCCGUCUCAACAGCUACGAGUGUUUGUGCUCGCCAGGCUGGACAGGUGUGGACUGUGCGGAGGAUGUGGACGAGUGUGAUUCUGGGCCCUGUCUAAAUGGAGCUCAGUGUCAGGAGUCAGACGUACUUGGGGAGUUUUCCUGCACCUGUCCCCCGUUCUUCAGUGGCCCCUUGUGCAACCAGCCUUAUGACCCCUGUGACCCUCUCCACAAUCCGUGCCUGCAAAAUUCAACCUGCCUGACACGCUCCAAUGGAACAGCCUCCUGCAGAUGCCCAGCUGGAUUUGAAGGAAGUUGGUGUGAAAUUGACACCAAUGAGUGUAGCUCAAGUCCAUGCCAAAACCAGGGCAACUGUGUGGACCGGGUCAACAGCUACAGCUGUGAUUGUAACAUGGGAUUUUCCGGCCUUCACUGUGAGGAGAAUAUCAAUGAGUGCAACUCGAGCCCUUGCCACCACUCUGCCGUUUGUCAAGACCGUGUGAACAAAUUCUACUGCAUUUGCCCUCCUGGUUAUUUUGGAACGCUGUGUGAUCUGGAUGUGAAUGAGUGCGAGGUUUCACCUUGCCUACACGAGGGCAUCUGUAUCAACACACCGGGGGGCUUCAAGUGUGCCUGUCGCCCGGGAUACUCAGGGGCACGGUGUGGAGUUGACAUCGAUGAGUGUGUUUCCAACCCGUGCCGAAAUGGUGGGAAAUGUAUUGACGCAGCUAAUCGAUACCACUGCUCGUGCCUUGAUGGCUUCAUCGGCCUCCAAUGUGAAACCAACAUUGAUGAAUGCGUGUCAGCGCCUUGUCUUCAUGGGAGCUGUCGAGAUGGAGUAAGUUCAUACUCCUGUCUUUGUGAAUCUGGAUGGAUUGGCAGCCGAUGUGAAAUGAACAUUGACGACUGUGCUUCCAGUCCCUGUUUGAAUGGAGGCUCAUGUGUGGAUCUCAUUGAUAAAUAUGCAUGCUUCUGUCAGGAGGGCUACACAGGGAAAACUUGUGAGAUUGAUAUAGACGUCUGCAAAGAAGCCGCUGAUAAUGUCUCGCUGUGUUUCAAUGGAGCCUCCUGUGUUGACGGUGAGGGAUCAAACUUUAUGUGCAGCUGUCCUCCAGGUUUUAUGGGGGAUUUCUGUGAAGUGGAUGUUAACGAAUGUUGCUCAGCUCCCUGCCACAACGGUGCCAUUUGCCAAGAUCUUAUUAAUAGCUACGUCUGCCACUGCAGGUCAGGUUGGACAGGCCUUCACUGUGAGGAUGACAUUAAUGAGUGCCUUCCAGAGCCCUGCAACCAGGGGAUAUGCAUUCAGAAUGAUCCUGGAUAUGGCUACACCUGUUUCUGUCGUCCUGGAUUUGUGGGGAGGAACUGUGAGCACAACUAUGACGACUGCCUGUUGAAUCCAUGUUCAGAAGCAUUUUCCUGUGUAGAUGGCAUCAACAAGGUCAGCUGCCUGCCUCCUGUUGCGGAUACCGUUCCCUUGACGACUGCAGUCAAGAAUACCACUCGCGGCUCCUCACCCACGGUGUCAACGCCAACACUCAACCAAACAGCAGCGGAGAAAUCUGCAGAUUCGAGCUACAUUCAGUACUUUGGGAAUUCAUACAUGGAGUUUGAGGGAAUUGACCUCAGCGCCCUCAACAACAUUACUGUGAGAUUUCAGACUCAAGUGACCGAGGGAACUAUACUCUAUGUGGACCAAGGACCUGCUAACGGGGAUUUCUUUUUCAUGAAACUCUUCAUCCUGGAUGGAAUCUUGAAGUAUGCCUUCUGCUGUAACCAAGAGGAUGAGGUUGCUUGGAUCAAUUCAUUAAUUCCUGUUAGUGAUGGCAAGGUUCACGUUGUUAAUAUCAGACAGCACCUGACCCCCUGUGAGGCAGAGCUGACUCUUUCUGGUUAUGAGAAAAUCAAAAGUACAGCAAGUAAUUACUGGUUGGGAAACAUCAUAAUGAGAACAAACCACAUCUUCACAGGUGGUCUGCCACAACAAUAUCUCCCCAAUCAGAGAGCGAAACCAUUCCAGAACUAUAAUGGCUGCAUUGAAAUAAUUGAAAUUAAUAAACUGAGGAGUUUUUAUACAUCUGAUGCCAUCGCCACCAGCAACAUAGAUCAAUGCAGAUCUACUCUGCAUGUCAUUGAAGCCGCCGCAAUGAGUUCUUCAAAUUGGACAACUCAAUCAACCACCUCUGACCCAGUGAACACAACAACAACAACAAUGGCAGCUUCCACACAAACAACAAAACCUCCCCUGCAGGAACCUCAAGUUUGCCACGACAGUCUUUGCCGCAACGGAGGAACAUGUCAUCAGCUGCAGCGGCCUGGGGCUGCUCUGCCUUCCUGCCACUGCCCGCUGCAUUUCACCGGCACCUUUUGUGAGAAAGAUACUACAGUAUAUAUACCCUCAUUCGAUGGCACGUCUUAUUUGGAGCUGCUGCCUCUUUCAUCUCUUCUGCAGCCUUCUAGCGCCAGUAAUAAUCUCCCUGCUACUGUCAAGGACACCCCUGUUAUUCUCUACUUGACAGUGAAAACAAGAUCUACACAGGGCACCAUCCUCUACACUCAGCAGCAGAACUUUGGGGAUCAGUAUCUUCAUGUGUUCCUUCAAGAUGGAAGCCCUGUUGCUGAACUUGACUGUGGUGGCAGUCAUGUUGUGAAUGCAGCUACAGGCCAGAUCAUUAAUAAUGACAGAUGGACACCAAUCACAAUCCGAUACAAUCUCUCUGUUGGCAAACAGGGAGGGUCAUGUAUGAUUGAAAUAGCUCCAGAUAAUGGGACGCGUGUCGAGGAGUAUGUGUCGCACCCGGCGUCAGAGGGAAACUUUGGACCCAUAUUUCUUGGGGAUGUUUCAUCCCAUUGGGAGAUGCAUGACGGGAGUGCAAAGGGAGCGAGGAGAUUCAUUGGAUGUAUCAAGGAACUUCAGGUCAACUCCAAAGAGAUUUAUCUGGUGGGCGAGGCCGUGAGAGGGCGAAACAUCGAGGAUUGUGACCCGCCUGUAUGCCAACACCUUCCCUGUCGUAACGGAGGAACUUGUGUCAGUGAUGCCGAGGACUGGUUCUGUGAGUGCCCCCCGCUUUACGCCGGCCGGCUGUGCCAGUUCGAUGCUUGUGAGCGCAACCCCUGCGGUCACGGAGCCACAUGCAUUCCAAAGUCUCCAUUGGAGGCCAUAUGUCUCUGCCCCUACGGACGACAAGGUCUACUGUGUGGAGAACCCAUCAAUAUAACUCGUGCCAGAUUCAGUGGAAGUGAUGAGUUUGGUUACACUUCCUUCGCGGCUUAUUCCUCCAUCCCGAGCCUCAGCUUCUUCUACGAGUUCAAGCUGAAGUUCACACUCGCCAACAAUUCAUCGGCUGUGAAAGACAACCUGCUGCUGUUCGCUGGGCACAAAGGACGAGGCGAUGCUGGUGAUGACUUCCUGGUGUUGGGACUACGAAAUGGCCGAGUUUUGCAUAGAUUCAACCUGGGUUCAGGUGUCGCAACCAUCGUCAGUGAUCGACUUGACCCCCAGGUCAACGUUCACACCGUGACAUUUGGAAGGUCCAAGAAAACCGGAUGGCUGAAGCUUGACGGACAACGUAACAGAACAGGAUCCUCUCCAGGACCACUGUUGGGCCUCAAUGUUUUCCACCAGCUCUUUGUUGGUGGAUAUAAUGAGUACACUCCUGAACUGCUGCCACUUGGGUCCAGGUUCCGUCAUGGCUUUCUGGGGUGCAUUUUUGACAUGCACUUCCGUACAAAAAGAGACGGAAAGUUCCAAGUGCUGGGAAAGCCUUCGGGACAUGCUGUGUUUGGGCGCAGCGUGGGUCAGUGUGGCGUCACCCCUUGUGCUCAUGUUCACUGCAGAAACGGAGGGACAUGUGUGAACUCUGGGUCAUCUGUCUAUUGCCAGUGCCCAUUUGGAUGGAAGGGAGCGCUGUGUUCUGAGACCGUGUCUGUGUGCGAUGUGGAGCACAGCCCCCCUCCUCUGUGCGUCCAUGGCGCUGCCUGCAUCCCUCUCCCCAAUGGAUAUACCUGCCAGUGCCCCCUGGGGUCUGUGGGACUCUACUGCGAGAAAGCGAUUGCCAUCAGCGACCCCUUCUUCAGCAGUGACCAGUCUUCAUGGAUGUCCUUCCCACCUGUGAGAACUCGACACAGGAGCUUGCAGCUGCAGUUCCAGCCUUUAUCACCCGAUGGCAUCCUCGUCUACACCGCACAACAUCUCGGUGCCAGAGCUGGAGACUUCUUGUGCCUCUCGUUGACGUCCGGCUUCGUCCAGCUUCGCUACGACCUCGGGGACGGCGUCCGUGUCUUGCAGUCCGUUCAGCGAGUGGACUUGCGCGGCAGAAGCUGGCACACGGUGAAGGCCGGAAGAGCCGGUCGCCAAUGCUUCCUCAGUCUGGACAAUCAGGAGAUCAGAGAGCGCCCGGCUCACGGGAUGACCACCCUAGAUGUUGCUACGGACGUCUUUGUCGGGGGCGUGUCCACUCUGAGCUUCGUUUCGGUGGACGCAACAGAAGAGGAGCCGCUGGGCUUCACCGGCGGUUUAAGAGAACUUCUAGUCAACGGUGAAGAGUUUGAGUUAACGGAGACGGGGGCAGUAAGUGGAGCGAACGUAGGCGACUGGGAUGGGACAGCCUGCGGGUACAAAGUAUGCCACAACGGCGGUCGCUGCAGGGCAACAGGAAGUGGCUCAUUCACAUGUGUAUGCCUGCCAUCGUGGACUGGCCCCGUGUGUAACCAGGCUGCGAGCUGUGUCGACAACAUCUGCAAAGCGGGCUCCUCGUGUGCGCCAUCUGGUGUCGCCUCCUACCGCUGCAUUUGCCCCUUGGGAUGGGGUGGGAGGCACUGCGACGCGGAAAUACCCACGCACACUCUCAAGUUCGUGGGAAGCUCGUAUGUUAAAUAUCAAGACCGAAGAUACAACACGAGGAAUUUUAAAUGCGCACGGGUUUCUUUCAGCUUCCUCACGGGCUCAAAUGACAGCGUGAUAAUGUGGAUGGGGAAGGCCGAACAUGAAGACGAUGAUUACCUCACGGUUGGACUGGAGAACGGCCACCUCAAAAUCGCGGUCAAUCUCGGGGAGAAGCUUUCCGUCCCGAUAGAAUUCCGAAAUCUCGCACUGUGUUGCAACACGUGGCACAAUGUCUCCGUCGCUCUCAACAGCACCGUCAUCCAGGUGUUCCUGAACCACCGGAGAGUCCUUCACGAGGACCUGGACCCAUUGGAGCGCUACGUGGCCCUAAACUAUGGCGGCCAGCUUUAUUUGGGAGGAUUUGAACUGGACAGAAAUGUAUCAAUGGUCACUCAUGGGUUGUUUUCAAAAGGCUUUGAAGGAAGUCUCAGAAAUGUUUAUUUGUUUAAAGAUACCAAGCCGCUACUGUUUCUCAACAAUAGUGAGGGUUUUAAUGUUUAUGAGGGCAACGAAUAGUCGGGAGACUCUUUGAGACGUCAUAUAAAACUUGAUAUUAGCUGUUUUAAAAGGACAUGCUACAGUAGCCCACGAGGAAAUGUGUGUAACAUUUGGUAGUAGUUAGGUUAAUGUUUUUUUUUUAAAUACUCAGCUUUACUUAAAUACUUGUUUCUUAAACACCAUCACUCAAUUCU